AUGGGAGCGUGUAUCCUUCUGGCUAGCUUUGUACCCCUUUCUACUCUUCAUCCGGAUACCCAAACACAGCUUCCCGCCCCCAUCUCAAAUCUAUAUGCUGCUUCUCGACCAGCUAGUCUGGUAAAUGGUUAUGGCUUGUUUCGUCGGAUGACAGGUGUUGGCGGCAGACCAGAGUUAGUAAUCGAGGGAUCCCAGACGGAAACAGGACCUUGGCGCGAGUACGAAUUUCAUCAUAAGCCAGGGCGAGUCGAUAAGACACUCCCUUUCAUAGAUCAUAGAUAUGAAGACCAAGAUAAUGUGGCAGUUGGUUGCAGUUUCAUUUGGCUUUAUACUGUUGUUGGUUCGACCUUGCUUUCGCAACUUGGUCGGAGCGUCAUGGAAACCUUGUGUAACGCACCUAGUCCCGUGUCCUCUGCUAUAAUAUUCGUGAUUUCCAGCAUUGGACCAUUGGCUGGGUACGUUUAG